AUGGAAGAAAGGCGAUUAGCAUUGCACAACAGGGCGACAUCAAGCAAAGAAGAACCUGUGGCAUUAAAAGCCAUGGCUAAACAGCAUUCUAAGCAGAAGCACAAUCAGCAGCAUCAGAAGCAGGACACCUCUGGUGAUAGUAAAAUGAUGUGUUACACCUGUAAGGAGCCCAGACACAAGGCAAGGGAAUGCCCAAUCUGGAAGACAUUGAAGGAGGAAUGCACUAAGAAAGGGGAUGCCAUGCCUUCUGUAGCUGAAUUUGAAGAAGUAGAAGCAGUGCUCCUGUGCGCCAAAGCGGAUGCACAUGCAUACAUGUCAAAAUCAUCAGUGGGAAAGUGGUUUCUGGACUCAGGUGCGUCAGAUCAUAUGUGCUGUGACAUUAAGAAGUUCAAGGACAUCAACCUGUAA